UUCAUAUACCAAAUUCAGCCGCUGUGUGGAGCUGCGUCACUUCAUUUGAGAACCGACUUCCUUUGAAUGUACACUCCCUCAGACAUAUGUGAAUUGUUAAUAAGAACGUAGUGACUAUCAUAAAGAUAGCUUUAAGUUAUUUUUAAAACGCUUUUUCUUUUUUUCUCUCCAAUAAAUAGUCUCUGAAACUGGCUGUUGUAGGAGGAGCUGAAAAUGACAAUAUAACAUUGUAUCAUUCAUAUAGUUUGAUAUAGUAUAGCAGUAGGAGGUAACCUUUAUUAUCUUCUCGCUGAGAUAAAAUGCAGCACCGACGGUUAAAUUUCGCUCAGAUACGAUUGUCCACCAUGUCCCACACGGUGCCUCCGGUCCUCUCUGUUGUCCCCUCUCGGGCUCUGGUGGAUGAGAAGUUCAGGGUGCUGGUGGAGAAUCUGCCUCCAGGAGCUCCAGUAACACUUCACUCCCUGCUCCAGUCUGAGGACAAGGACUACUGGGAGGCCUACGGACACUACAUCAGUGAUGAGAGAGGAGCCGUGUCCGCUGCAGAUGAUCUCAGUUUCGGGGGAACUUACAAAGGGAAAGAAGCCAUGGGUUUAUUGUGGAGUAUGCGUCCAGUCCCAGGCAGCCGUGACGGCCUCAGGUUGAGAAAGUCGGACGUCUGCACGCCCCUGCUGGUCAACAUCUCCGUCUACAGUGGACAUGUAACGGAGGGCUUCAGGGAGCAGACUCCUCUGGCCUCGUCGAUCACAGAGAGAUGGUACAUGGCUCCAGGGGUCCAGAGGAUUGUUAUCAAAGAGGAAGGAGUAAAAGGGACCCUGUUUAUACCUCCAGGUCCAGGACCCUUCCCCGGCAUACUGGAUAUGUGGGGAGGCAGCGGAGGCCUGAUGGAGUAUCGUUCAUCCUUACUGGCGUCUCACGGUUACAUUUCUUUUGCACUGGAGUAUUUCAGCCCCGGUGAGCUGAAGUCAGCAGACACAGAGUUCGAGUACUUUGAGAAAGCGUUUAAUAUCAUCCAGAAACAUCCUCAAAUGAUUCCGGACAGAGUCGGAGCUUUUGGUCUUUCCCUCGGAUCAGUUUUUGCCAUCAUGUUGGCAGCUGAGAGCAACGUGGUCAAGCUUCAAUGUGGUGUUUGUAUCAGCGGGAAUCACCUUUAUCCACGUGAAUUGACCCUCAGAGGGGUCUUUCUAAUGUUGGCCAGCAAAUCUCACAAGAUACGCCACGAUGAGAACAACUAUGAGAUAUGGCGAGACAUGGGACUGGCAAUUGUCAACAAUCCUAAAGGGAAAGUGGACGUGGGUAAAAUAAACUGCCCGUUGAUGCUGUUGAACGGUGGUGAUGAUCAGAACUGGCCCACAGUGGAGGCUGCUGAGGAUAUGGCCCAGAUGUUGCGUGCGGUGGGGAAGGAGCACCUGCUGACCAGAGUCACCUACCCGGAUGCUGGACACCUGAUCGAGCCGCCGUACUCGCCUCACUUCAGAGCCACGAAGUUCAUAAAGGACAUCACAAAAGAGAAAGUGAUUCUGCUGUGGGGAGGACAGACCAAACCACACGCAGACGCUCAGGAAGACGCCUGGAACAAGAUCUUGACUUUUCUGCAGCAGCAUCUGAAACGCCAAAACAACUCCCAAAGCCAGGAUGUGAAAGAUCACUCAAAGAAUCAAAUCACCUCAAGAUGUGUCACUGCACAUUCCUACUGAAUCCAAAUGCUUUUAUUAUUUAGCGUGCGUUUAUUACGUUUUAUUGUAACUAUCUAACCUUCGACAGUUAUCAAGUUACUGAUAUCUGGAGACCAUGUCAGGAAAUUAUAUUAAUUCAAUAAUAUAUAUAUUCAUAUUGUAAAUUAUUGUGUUUUACAGUGAUUAAAUUAAUCAACUU